AUGCUGACUCUCCGCUCUGCCACACGCCUGGUGCAAAUCCCCUCCGCUGGGCGCAUCUGGUCCUGCGCCCCUUCUGCUUCCGCCGCCCUCCUCCAGCAACGCUAUAACAGCGGCUCUGCUGGGGUCUUCAACACUUCCCGUCUCGAGGGCAAGACUGUCCUGAUCUCCGGUGCGUCAAGCGGUAUCGGCGCUGCCACGGCGCAGCUCUUCUCGCGCUGCGGCUCAAACGUCGUCCUCCUGGCGCGGAGGAAGGAGAAGCUCGCCGAGGUCGCCGACAAGUGCUCUGCUCUCCAGAAGCAGAAUGGAUUCAGCAAUGGCAAGGUUGUCACGAUUGAGGCAGACAUGAUGGACCGCCGAUCGCUGGACAAGGUCCUCGACCGAACUGACGGUCUCGGUGUGGACAUCGAAGCUGACCCAAGUCCUUGGCUUGUUCCAUCUGACGCAGUCACUUGUGAAGCACAUGAAGCAGCGCAACACUGGUGUAAGCUUUUGCUCAUGAUUUGCUCAACUUACAUCCAGAUGAUCAUCAACGUCGGCAGUGUUGCGGGCAUCGAACCUUACGUCGGCGGCUCCAUCUACUGCGCGACAAAGUCCGCCGUGAACUCGAUUAGCGGUGUGCUCCUCCGCGAACUCGUGAACACGCCGAUCCGCGUCGCCGAGAUCCAGCCCGGCAUGGUCGAGACCGAGUUCAGCGUUGUUCGGUACCGGGGUGACAAGAACCGAGCCGAUAACGAGUACAAGGGCCUCACACCGCGUAAGUUGCAACUCAGUUCUGAGCUGACAAUAGUGACAGGAGAGGACAUCGCCGAGGAGAUUGUCUGGGUCGCAUCUCGUCCGGAACACGUUCAGAUCGCGCAGAUGCCAGGCCAGCGCGACCAUCAAUUGGAGGAAGCCGGAGUAAGCGAUGUGCCUUGA